AUGUCAGACGCAACUGUUUCUUCGGAGAAUGUUAAACUGCUUAUAAAUGGAAAUCUGCCAUCGAAUAUGUUGUCCUAUGUCGCUGAACAAGCCGUAUCAGGCGAUCAGGUUAUGUACUGCAUGGCUAUUCAUAAUAGCGUAUUGUUACAGUGGUACAACUCGAAAUCUAAACAGAAGUACGUAGAUUUUCUCAAUGAAAUCAUCCCCAAUGGAUCAAUUAAAGUCAAACGCACGUCCUCAAGAAUCGAAGACCGGCUAAGGUACCAAUGUUCUCAAGUAAGCCAACAAAUAAAGAAACUUAACUUGAAAGGUUCAAAGGCAAAACGUGUGACAUUUCUCAACAAUAUGUCUAAAGUGAGCAUUUUAGCCAGUGAUGUCGCUACAGCAGCCGAAAUGGAACAGGAAAUCCAACGCUUCAAAAUUGCACUCCAAGAGAUGCAUGUACGCUUGGACAAUUUGAACGUCGAGUUGGAAGAAUGGAAGAAGCAAUUCCACAACCUGGAGAAAGAGAAAGAACUUUUAUUUAAUGAAAUGAGAAAUCAAAAAGAUUUAGAAAUUUCAAAUGUUGUGCACGAGAAUGAAGAGAUGAGAAAGUAUGUUAGAAAGUUAGAGAAGAAGAGUGAAGACAACUGUUCAUCAGUUAUCAAGAAUAUUGGCGACUUGUCAAAGUGGCAGCAAAAGAGGAGAAUGCAAGCACUUUGCACAAGGGCGCAAAAAGCAUUGUGGUUUGCAAAGCACUUUGGGCUCAAACUAGAAAGAUUGGAGUUUUUAGAUAGCAAUGGCCAGAAAUAUGGUUGGAGUACUUCAUCUUCCUUAGGAGCCAACAUCUCCAGUUUCCCCAGAAAUACUAUCAACAGCAGAAAUCACACAUCAAUAUGA